CGCAUGCCUACGAACUCUAAAUUGACCUACUUGAAACUGGUAUUCUUCGCCAGGGCCUUAGGCUGUGGGAGAAAUGGAAGAUUCAUCUGGCCGUAGUUAUAAAAACUUGGUCGCAAGGGACCACGCACUAAUUGUCGCCGGAGAUAUUAUCUAUAACAAUCAAGGCCCACCUCCGCGCGACUAUAAGGGCAGCUACUCGUACUCCUUCCUCCGUGUGGUUGCAACUUUUGUGCAACGGCCCAGCCUACACGACAAUCUUCAGAAACAGCUUACACGCGAAAGAUUUCAGGACAAUAACCAGGGUUCAAGAGUCGUCGUUGUGUGUGGCCUAGGCGGGACCGGCAAGUCACAGCUGGUUCUAAGCUACUUUCAGCAACACCGAUGGGAAUACACUGCGAGCUUUUGGAUCGAGGCAGGCCGGAAAGAAACUAUUGAGCGUGACUUUCUGCGAGUCUACCACCUACUGUUUGACGUAACUGGGCAAGGAGAUGUGAAGAUUGAAGAUGCGGUGUUGGGAGUUAAAAAAUGGGUUGUCGAGCGAGAAGGCAGGUGGCUAUUUGUUUUUGAUGGCGCGGAUAGUAUUGAUAGGACGAAGAGCGACAAGAACCUAAACAAUUACGUCAAUAUUGAGCACUUUAUCCCAGAUACGCCCUCUGUUGAUGUUAUCCUUACCACCCGAAGCCCAAGCGCCGAAGGACUGACGCCAGUAGAAGUGGUAAAGGUGGGCGAAAUGGAAGCUGUGGAGGCGACGGCACUCUUCCAAAAGUGCUCAAAGAUGGAUUGCAAAGGCCACGACAAAGCUACCGUCAACAAAAUUGUAGGGGAGCUUGGCUUCCUCGCGCUCGCAGUCAGCCUAUCUGGGACAUAUGUGUACAAUACCCCACGGCUGAAGCUAGAUCUGCAAGAGUACCUCGAUGAAUACCGAACGCGUCGAAAAGAGAUACUUGCUGAGAUGCCUACCUGGCUCGUCCACCAGUACGGAGACAGUGUUCUUACCACAUGGGAAACAACGUUUGAAGCAGUCACCCAGCAGUGUGAUCAGGCGUCAAAAUUUCUAACGCUGCUAGGAUUUAUUAACUUUGACGACAUAUUCAUCGACCUCUUCCUACCUAUCAGCCAAGACAAUAGCUACGAGCAGAAUAAAGAGGACGGAGCCGGGGUUGUAUGGUAUAACAGAAUAUUCGGAGGGGCGGAACCCGACAUGUAUACGAUUGAGAAAUGCUUUAGGGUCUUGCAGUCGUAUGGCCUUCUUCAGUGGAAACCAGAAAAUAGUUACGCCAUGCACAAGCUCGUGCACGCUUGGGUGUUCGAUCGGCUUCAUAUCGAAGACCAGCGCAGGUACGUUCUGCGCAGCUACGUUCUUCCGUCGUUGUCCCUCUUGUUCAACGCAAUAUCAAAAGCCGGCCACACGCCUAAAGCACGGCAGCGACUUGUGCCACACAUUAUGGCCAAUUUUGAGGCUGUUUCUAAGGCGGAUCUACAAGAUUUGGAUAUAGAAAUUGCCAUUAGACUUUUUAAGACAAGUGGCGACUUGCUUAGCAACGAGGGGCGUUGGAUAGAGGCCUAUGGCAUACGGAAGUUUGUGUACUUCAAGACGCUUGCAAUGCGGGGUGGCGAUCAUCGACAAACUAUCUCAGCAAUGGGAGACCUCGCCAACACGCUGGGCGGUCAAGGCAAGCUAGAAGAAGCAGCAGCGAUGAAUAAGGAGGUGCUGGAGAAGAGGAAGCGGAUUCUUGGCAAAGAACAUCUUAACACUAUCUCAGCCAUGAACAACCUCGCUGUCACGCUGGGCAAUCAAGGCAAGCUAGAGGAAGCAGCAGCGAUGAAGAGGGAGGCAAGCUAG